AUGUCAAGUUUUGAACUGGCUCCAUUGUUAAAUAAUGUUCAACUGACUCGUUCAGGAUUAAGUCUCAUUAAAUAUAAUGUUGUAAAGUCAGUGGUAUUAUCAGUAAAGUCAUCUCCUGUUAAUUAUUUAUUGAUAUUUGUUCCAUUUGGAUUAUACGUUGGAUUUGCCGAAUGGUCAGCUACCGUUGUUUUCUGGAUUAAUUUCCUUGCAAUAGUCCCAUUAGCAUCAAUCUUAGCAUUUGCAACUGAAGAAUUGGCUGAACAUGUAGGAGAAACUGUAGGAGGUUUAUUAAAUGCCACGUUUGGUAAUGCAGUUGAAUUAAUUGUAUCAAUUAUUGCUUUAAAGGAUAAUCAAUUUAGAAUUGUUCAAGCAUCUAUGUUAGGUUCAAUUUUAUCAAAUUUAUUAUUAGUAUUAGGGUGUUGUUUUAUUGCAGGAGGUUUUAAUAGAGUUCAACAAACUUUUAAUCAAACCGUUGCUCAAACCAUGUCCUCAUUAAUGGCAUUAGCAACUGCAAGUUUACUUAUUCCAGCAGCUUUCCAUUCAACUUUACCAGUUCCAAAGGGUAAAACUGAUUUUCCUCAACCUGGCUCUUCUGAUGAAUUAGUAUUAUCUUUAUCAAGAGGUGUAUCUAUAAUUUUAUUAAUUGUCUACAUUAUAUUCUUGUUUUUCCAAUUGAAGACUCAUAAAUCUUUAUUUGAGCCACAACCACAAAUUGAUGAAGAUGGAAUUAUUGCAACUAUUAUUCCAAAUGAAUUGGAUGCAAAUAAACAAGAAGAAGAUGAACAUUUAUCAGUUACUAGUUCUAUUGGUGUAUUAGUAGCUGCUACAGUUUUAGUAUCCUUCUCCGCCGAUUAUUUAAUUGGAUCAGUUGAUCAACUUGUUGAAACUUCCGGUUUAUCUAAAACUUUUAUUGGUCUUAUUAUAAUUCCAAUUGUAGGUAAUGCAGCUGAACAUGCUACUGCAGUUGUUGUGGCUAUGAAGAAUAAGAUGGAUUUAGCAAUUGGUGUUGCUGUUGGUUCAUCCUUACAAAUUGCUAUUUUUGUAACUCCUUUUAUGGUAUUAGUGGGUUGGGUAUUUGAUGUUCCUAUGUCAUUAUACUUUUCUACAUUUGAAACCGCAAUAUUGUUUGUUGCUGUAUUCAUUGCUAACUUGGUAAUUUUAGAUGGUGAAUCCAAUUACUUAGAAGGAGUCAUGCUUGUCAGUACUUAUCUCAUUGUUGCCUUAGCUUUCUUUUAUUAUCCUGAUUCAGGCAUAAAUAAUUAA